GAGGCAGCAUCCCGCGUCAGCUGUCAUGCCCAAGAAGAAGAAGAAGAAGAAGAAGAAGAAACUACUUCCGGUGGUCAAAGGUUAUCUUCGUAUUUGAAAACAUGGAUCCCAACAAAGUGGAUGAAGGCAAGAUGAGCGAUGAUGGAGAAAUUGCAUCCGUCAUGGGAUUCUCAGGUUUUGGUAAGAAGGCCCGCACAUUUGACUUGGAAGCCAUUUUUGAACAGACCCGUCGAACAGCCAUCGAGAGGAGUCAGCAAGUAUUGGAGGAGCGGCAGAUGGAUGAUCACAUGGAGCAGGAAGGGGAAAGCUCCGAAUCAGUCAAGUCAUCACUCCCUGCAUUGAAAGACAAAGCUGCAGCUGAUACUUCCAGCAGCGACAGUGGUUCAGACUCCGACUCCGAGCUUAUUGGGCCUCCGCUGCCUCCGCAACUAACAGCCCAGGGUGAUGAUCCAGGCAGCACGGCUCAUAGUGAUGAAGAUGAUGAUGAAGGGGAAUCUCAAGACGACGACGACGAUGAUAAUCCAGUGAAGAAGAUUCCAGACACUCAUGAGAUCACUCUGCAGCACGGCACCAAGACAGUAUCGGCUCUUGCCUUAGACCCCUCUGGAGCCCGUCUGGUGACCGGUGGGUAUGAUUAUGAUGUGCGUUUCUGGGAUUUUGCCGGGAUGGACCAGGGUGUGCAGGCCUUCAGAUCCCUCCAGCCCUGUGAAUGCCAUCAGAUCACGUCCCUGCAGUACAGCAACACUGGUGACGUCAUCCUGGUGAUUUCUGGCAAUGCACAGGCCAAGGUGUUGGACCGUGAUGGCUUCAAUGUCAUGGAGUGUUCGAAGGGAGACCAGUACAUUGUGGAUAUGGCCAAAACCAAGGGUCACACGGCUAUGCUUAACAAUGGCUGCUGGCACCCCAAGAUGAGAGAAGAGUUCAUGACGUGCUCCAAUGACGGCACUGUGCGCACAUGGGACCUGAGCUCUGGGAAGGCGCACAAGGCUGUGUUCAAACCGCGUUCCUUCCAGGGGAAGAAGGUCGUCCCCACAUGCUGCACCUACAGCCGCGAUGGGAAGCUCAUUGCAGCUGGCUGCCAGGAUGGCACCAUCCAGAUCUGGGACAGAAACCUCAGCGUCCAUACAAAAUUCCACUGUCGGCAAGCACACAUCCCAGGAUCAGACACGUCCUGCAUCGCCUUUUCCUACGACGGCGUGACUCUCGCUUCACGUGGAGGGGAUGACACUCUGAAGACGUGGGAUAUACGUAACUUCAAGAAGCCUGUGAAUGUAGCUACUGGACUUAACAACUACUUUACAAUGACUGACUGCUGUUUUAGUCCUGACGACAGGCUCCUUGUAACGGGGACCUCUGUGAAAAAAGACGGGGGAAACGGGAAGUUGGCUUUCUUCGACCGAGCUUCCUUUCAGAAGGUCUAUGAAAUAGAAGUCACCAAUGCAAGCGUCGUCCGCUGUCUGUGGCACCCAAAGCUUAACCAGAUAAUGGUGGGAACUUCAAAUGGACUGGUCAAGGUCUACUAUGACCCUGUUAAAAGCCACAGAGGGGCCAAGCUGUGUGUCGUGAAGAGUCAGCGGAAAGAGAGACAAGCAGAGACGCUAACGCAAGAUUACAUCAUCACACCUCAUGCCUUACCCAUGUUCAGAGAGGCCCGGCAGCGGAGUACACGGAAACAGCUCGAGAAGGACCGGCUCGACCCAAAGAAGUCCAACAAGCCCGAGCCUCCUGUGUCCGGGCCAGGUCGAGGAGGAAGAGUGGCAGCUCACGGUGGCACGCUGUCUUCAUUUAUCGUGAAGAACAUUGCUUUAGAUAAAACGGAUGACAGUAACCCUCGACAGGCAAUCUUACGCCACGCCAAGGAAGCUUCAGAGAACCCUUACUGGAUCGCCCCAGCAUACACGCACACCCAGCCGGUGCCUUUGUUUGCAGAGGAAUCGGAUGAUGACGAGGAAGCUGAAAAGGAACCAGAGUGGAAGAAACGCAAGAUCUGAGGUGCCUCAACAGCAGCUCAUUUUGUAUGGAAUAGCAGGCGGAGUGGGCUUGUGUUUGUAUAUAUGUAUCACCGUCACCCAGAGGUGUCAGGAUCAAUCCCAAAACACCGAGUUACUGUCAGAAACUGCUGCGAGGCAUCAGUUAUGUCCCGACAUGUAACACUCUGUCCUCCCUCUCGUAAUGUUUGCAUAUUUAUGGGCGUGCUUCUGUGUUCAGGGGUAGCUCAUGGAUGUGCAUUUGUUUUUUUUGGUGUACAAGAAUAAUAUAGUUUUUCUUCACUUUGCAAUUCCUCAACCUCUGGAAGAACGUGGCUUUUUAUGUCUGUUUUGAUAUGUACUUUAUAUUCAUAAUUUCAAUUGUCCUCUCCUCCCACAGCUCUAGUUUGCUAAUGCCUCAUAAGUUGUCUCCACAUUGUGUUCAUCAGCUGUGAAGAACAGUUUGCUAGUUUGUAAGUAAAUUGCAAAGAAGUACACCAUUUUUUUUUUUUAAGUGGUGCCGUUUUAUUUGAUGUGACGCAAUCUGCGAAUUUAAAUCCAGCUCAAAACCUAUACAAAGCCAUUUGUAAUCUCUUGUCAAAAAGUGAUAUAUUUUACCCAAAUUAAAGUCAUACUUCUGUUUUUACAA